CGCACUCAUCCUCCUCUCCAGAUUCGCCUAAAGUGGCUGGGGAAACGCGGCGUGGAAGGAGAGGAGAACACACUCCACUGCUUCGUCACUGGCUUCCACCCGCCCAAAAUCGAGAUCGAGCUGCUGAAGAACAACCAGCCCAUGACUGGCGUCCAGUACGGGGACUUGUCCUUCAACGAGAAGUGGCAGUUCCAGCGUGACUUCGCCUGCAGGGUGACUCACUCCACCAUGCCGAAGUCACAGGUCUACCGAUGGGAUCCAGACUUCUGA